UUGUCUCAGAUUACCGGUGUGUUUGUCAUCAUUAAAAGGCGCACGGAAGAUUGCAGCACAGUACAGUAGUUACCCGUUACCGUAACUAACGACUACAUUAGCCGCUAACGCCUUUAGCACUGAUGCUAAAGCUCUGUCACGACCAGCUAGCUCUUAAUUAGUUGACUCAAGAGCCGGGAAGCAUCUCACACAGACUCCUAGGACAUGUCAAGUCAAUAUUUGCCUGUGUCAACAUUUCCGGUGUCCCGGAGAAGUUAAAAAAAAAAAAGAAAAAAAAAAGCAGUCGUCGGUUGUCGUCGUGUGAUGUUUCCCUGGCUCACGUUUGCGGCGUGUUUGGCGUCAGUGCUCGGCUUGUUUUUCUGGUCCCGCAAGCAGCUAACGUCGAUAGUAUUCGCAGCCUGUUCGUGUCGUCCAGCCAUGGCACAGCAGGACGGUGCCGCCGCCGCUAAGAAGAACCCGGCCGUCGCGGCGUUGCACUCUCACUUUAUCGUGGGCUCUGUGUCGGAGGAGAACUCGGAAGAUGAAAUCCAAGGGAAGCCUGACGUUCAGCUGGAGGAAAAGGAGAAUCGGUCCUUGUCGCCGUCCUCCGCUAGCUCAGACAGCACCUGUGAAAUGGGAUUUGAUCACAUUGAUGGCCCCGUGCAGAAUCUAAGGCCGAGCAUGUCAGGGCUGCACCUGGUGAAGCAAGGCAGAGAUCGCCGCCGCAUCGAUCUCCAGAGAGACUUCACCGUGGCUUCUCCUGCUGAAUUUGUCACCCGCUUCGGUGGCAAUAAAGUUAUCGAGAAGGUGCUUAUCGCCAACAAUGGCAUUGCAGCAGUCAAAUGCAUGCGCUCCAUCCGCCGGUGGGCCUAUGAGAUGUUCCGCAAUGAAAGGGCAAUCCGCUUCGUCGUUAUGGUGACCCCAGAGGACCUGAAAGCCAACGCGGAGUACAUUAAAAUGGCAGAUCAUUACGUGCCUGUGCCAGGAGGGACUAACAACAACAACUACGCCAACGUGGAGCUCAUUCUAGACAUUGCUAAACGCAUACCUGUUCAGGCGGUGUGGGCCGGGUGGGGUCAUGCUUCAGAGAACCCGAAACUUCCAGAGCUGCUUCACAAGCACGGCAUUGCUUUCAUGGGUCCCCCAAGUCAGGCUAUGUGGGCUCUGGGAGACAAGAUUGCUUCGUCUAUUGUGGCUCAGACAGCUGGCAUUCCCACCCUGCCAUGGAGCGGCACAGGCCUUUCGGUAGAAUGGACAGAGAACAACCAAAAGAAGAAAGUUAUCAACGUCCCUACUGACGUGUAUGAGCUUGGCUGCAUCCAGGAUGUCGAGGAUGGCCUUAAAGCUGCAGAGAAGAUCGGCUACCCUGUGAUGGUGAAGGCCUCUGAGGGAGGCGGCGGAAAAGGCAUCCGUAAAGUGAACUGCGUGGAUGAUUUCCCAAACCUCUUCCGACAGGUCCAGGCAGAAGUUCCAGGCUCGCCUGUUUUCGUCAUGCAGCUAGCCAAACACGCCCGCCAUCUGGAGGUCCAGAUCUUGGCUGAUCAGUAUGGCAAUGCCAUUUCCCUGUUUGGUCGUGACUGCUCUGUGCAGCGACGGCAUCAGAAAAUUAUAGAGGAAGCCCCCGCUACCAUCGCCACCUCUGAUGUGUUUGAGGAUAUGGAAAGGUGUGCAGUGAAGCUGGCUAAGAUGGUGGGAUACGUCAGCGCAGGUACAGUGGAGUACCUCUAUAGCCAGGACGGCAGCUUCUACUUCCUGGAGCUCAACCCCCGUCUGCAGGUGGAGCACCCCUGCACCGAGAUGGUGGCUGACGUCAACUUGCCUGCUGCCCAACUGCAGAUUGCUAUGGGUAUUCCUCUUCAAAGGAUCAAAGACAUCAGGAUGCUUUAUGGAGUCCAGCCCUGGGGAGACUCACCCAUUGACUUCGAGGGUCUGUCGACAGCCCCCUGCCCACGGGGCCACGUCAUUGCAGCACGUAUCACCAGUGAAAAUCCUGAUGAGGGUUUCAAGCCAAGCUCCGGAACAGUGCAAGAGUUGAAUUUCCGCAGCAAUAAAAACGUGUGGGGCUACUUCAGCGUGGCAGCGGCUGGAGGCCUCCACGAGUUCGCUGACUCCCAGUUUGGACACUGUUUCUCUUGGGGAGAAAAUCGUGAAGAAGCCAUCUCCAACAUGGUGGUGGCUCUGAAGGAGCUGUCUAUCAGAGGAGACUUCAGGACCACAGUCGAAUACCUCAUUAAGCUGCUGGAGACGGAAAGCUUUCAGCACAACAGCAUCGACACUGGCUGGCUGGACAGGCUGAUCUCAGAGAAGAUGCAGGCGGAGCGCCCUGACACCAUGCUGGGAAUCGUGAGUGGGGCUCUUCACGUGGCAGAUGUCAAUCUGAGGAACAGUGUCUCCAACUUCCUGCAUUCUCUAGAAAGGGGCCAGGUGCUGCCGGCACACACACUACUCAACACUGUGGAUGUGGAGCUGAUCUAUGAAGGCACUAAGUACGUCCUGACGGUGACGCGCCAGUCUCCCAACUCCUACGUGGUCAUCAUGAACAACUCCUCCGCUGAGGUGGACGUCCAUCGGCUCAGCGAUGGAGGUCUUUUGCUGUCUUAUGACGGAAGCAGCUACACUACAUACAUGAAAGAAGAGGUGGACAGGUAUCGCAUCACAAUUGGGAACAAGACUUGUGUUUUCGAAAGGGAGAACGACCCUUCGCUGCUACGAUCUCCUUCAGCGGGAAAACUCAUCCAGUACACAGUCGAGGAUGGCGGACAUGUGUUUUCUGGCCAGUGCUACGCUGAAAUAGAGGUGAUGAAGAUGGUAAUGACCCUUACGGCUGCAGAGUCUGGAUGUAUUCACUAUGUGAAGAGAGCUGGAGCGGCACUGGAUCCAGGCUGUGUGAUUGCCAAGCUGCAACUGGAUGACCCAAGCCGAGUGCAACAGGCAGAGCUGCACACAGGGGCCUUGCCUUCUAUCCAGGCAGUAGCUCUGAGAGGAGAGAAGCUGCACAGAGUCUUCCACAACACACUGGAUCAUCUCGUUCACAUAAUGAACGGCUACUGUCUCCCUGAGCCUUUCUUCAGUGCUAAACUGAAAGAGUGGGUGGAAAGGUUGAUGAAAACCAUGCGUGAUCCCUCUUUGCCACUGUUGGAACUCCAAGACAUCAUGACCAGUGUGUCUGGUCGCAUCCCUCCUGCCGUGGAGAAGGCUAUCAAGAAAGAAAUGGCUCAGUAUGCGAGCAACAUCACCUCCGUGCUCUGCCAGUUUCCCAGCCAGCAGAUCGCGAACAUCCUGGACAGCCAUGCUGCUACUCUAAACAAGAAGUCAGAGAGAGAAGUCUUCUUUAUGAACACACAAAGCAUUGUUCAGCUGGUACAGAAAUAUCGCAGUGGCAUCCGAGGUCACAUGAAGGCCGUGGUGAUGGACCUGCUGAGACAGUACCUGAAAGUAGAGAUCCAGUUUCAGAAUGGACACUACGACAAAUGUGUGUUCGCACUACGUGAGGAAAACAAAGGCGACAUGUCCAAUGUGCUCAACUAUAUCUUCUCCCAUGCUCAAGUCACCAAGAAGAACCUGCUGGUUACCAUGCUGAUUGACCAGCUCUGUGGCCGCGAUCCCACGCUGACUGAUGAACUGAUGGCCAUCUUGACUGAACUCACCCAGCUCAGCAAAACGACCAACGCCAAGGUGGCACUGCGUGCCCGACAGGUUAGAUUUGAGAGAAUUGAUUCGCUUUCUCAUCUCCCCUCAUACGAGCUACGACACAACCAGGUGGAGUCCAUCUUCCUCUCUGCCAUCGACAUGUACGGGCACCAGUUCUGCAUUGAAAACCUGCAGAAACUGAUCCUUUCGGAAACAUCCAUCUUUGAUGUUCUGCCCAACUUCUUCUACCACAGCAAUCAGGUAGUCAGGAUGGCUGCCCUUGAGGUGUACGUUCGCAGAGCAUACAUUGCGUAUGAGCUGAACAGCGUUCAGCAUCGGCAGCUGAGGGACAACACGUGUAUAGUAGAGUUCCAGUUCAUGCUUCCCACCUCGCACCCAAACAGAGGGAACAUCCCCACUCUAAACAGGAUGUCAUUCUCGUCUAACCUAAACCACUACGGCAUGGUGCAUGUAGCCAGCGUCAGUGACGUUCUGCUUGACACAUCUUUUACACCACCUUGUCAGCGCAUGGGAGCCAUGGUCGCUUUCCGCUCCUUCCAGGAGUUCACAAGGAACAUCGCAGACGUGUUGAGCUGCUUCUCCGACUCUCCUCCCCCAAGUCCAACCUUCCCAGAGGGAGGUAAUCCUGUCCUGUAUGGCGAAGAGGACAACAAGAGUGUCCAGGACGAGCCUAUCCAUAUCUUGAAUGUGGCUAUAAAGACCGACAGCGACAUCGACGAUGACGGCCUUGCAGCCAACUUUAGAGAGUUCACUCAGUCAAAGAAAUCGCUGCUGUUUGAACACGGAAUCCGUAGGCUGACUUUCCUUGUGGCUCAGAAGGAUUUCAGGAAGCAAGUCAACUGUGAGGUGGACCAAAGGUUUCAUAGAGAAUUCCCCAAAUUUUUCACAUUCCGCGCCAGAGAUAAGUUCGAAGAGGACAGGAUCUAUCGUCAUCUAGAGCCGGCGCUCGCUUUCCAGUUGGAGCUCAACCGCAUGCGCAAUUUCGCCUUAACUGCCAUCCCGUGCGCCAACCACAAGAUGCACCUGUACCUGGGUGCAGCCCGCGUGGAGGUGGGCACAGAGGUUACGGACUACCGUUUCUUUGUGCGAGCCAUUAUCCGCCACUCUGAUCUGGUCACGAAGGAGGCCUCUUUUGAAUACCUUCACAAUGAGGCAGAGCGUCUGCUGCUGGAAGCCAUGGAUGAGCUGGAGGUGGCUUUCAACAACACAACUGUACGGACCGACUGCAAUCACAUCUUCCUCAAUUUUGUCCCCACAGUCAUUAUGGACCCAUCAAAGAUCGAGGAGUCCGUGCGCUCCAUGGUGAUGCGUUACGGCAGCCGUCUGUGGAAGCUGCGCGUCCUGCAGGCCGAGCUGAAAAUCAACAUCCGCCUGACUCCAACAGGAAAGCAAAUCCCCAUCCGCCUCUUCCUCACAAAUGAAUCGGGCUACUAUCUAGACAUCAGCUUGUACAAGGAGGUCACUGAUUCCCGAACGGGACAGGUGGGGCCCAAAGACCGACAGAUCAUGUUCCAAGCAUAUGGAGACAAGCAGGGUCCGUUGCAUGGCAUGCUCAUCAACACCCCGUAUGUCACCAAGGAUCUGCUGCAGUCGAAGCGCUUCCAGGCACAGUCUCUGGGCACCACCUACGUCUACGACUUCCCAGAAAUGUUCAGACAGGCUCUAAAAAAGCUGUGGCACUCCAGCCAGGCCUUCGCCCACCUACCCAGAUGCCCCCUCCCUUCUGAGCUGCUCACAUUCACAGAGCUGGUUCUCGACGCCCAAGGUCAGCUGGUGCAGAUGAACCGACUGCCAGGGGGCAACGAGAUUGGUAUGGUGGCAUGGCGGAUGACCCUGCGCACGCCAGAAUAUCCGGCGGGACGCGAGAUCAUCGUCAUAAGUAAUGACAUCACGCACAAGAUUGGCUCAUUCGGGCCCCAGGAGGACGUGCUGUUCCUGCGAGCGUCAGAGAUGGCCCGCGAGAGCGGCAUCCCGCGGAUCUACAUCGCAGCCAACAGCGGCGCCCGCAUCGGGCUGGCAGAGGAAAUCAGACACAUGUUCCACGUGGCCUGGCAAGAUCCAGCUGACCCCUAUAAGGGCUUCAAGUAUCUCUACCUCACACCUCAGGAUUACAAGAAAGUUUCAGCCCUGAACUCCGUGCAUUGUGAACAUGUGGAAGAUGAGGGAGAAUCCAGGUACAAGAUCACCGACAUCAUAGGAAAAGACGAAGGGCUGGGUGUGGAGAAUCUGAAAGGGUCUGGAAUGAUUGCCGGAGAAUCCUCUCUGGCUUACGAGGAGAUCAUCACCAUGAACCUGGUCACAUGCAGAGCCAUAGGAAUCGGGGCCUAUUUGGUGAGGCUCGGGCAGAGAACCAUUCAAGUGGACAACUCUCAUAUUAUUCUUACUGGAGCUGGAGCACUCAACAAGGUGCUGGGUAGAGAAGUCUACACAUCCAACAACCAGCUUGGUGGAAUCCAAAUCAUGCACAACAACGGCGUGACCCACUGCACCGUUUGUGACGACUUUGAGGGAGUCUUCACACUUCUGCAGUGGCUGUCCUACAUGCCCAUGUGCAAAUCUAGUCCGGUGCCUAUCGUCCAUUCCAAGGAUCCCAUAGAUCGGCCGGUGGAGUUUGUGCCUACAAAGGCUCCCUACGACCCUCGCUGGAUGUUAGCGGGGCGUCCCAGCCAGACUCCAAAGGGUUCCUGGCAGAAUGGCUUCUUUGACCAUGGUUCCUUCAUGGAAAUCAUGCAGCCUUGGGCUCAGAGUGUGGUGGUAGGCAGAGCCAGACUUGGCGGAAUACCUACUGGAGUGGUUGCCGUGGAAACCAGGUCAGUGGAGCUCUCCAUCCCCGCCGAUCCGGCCAAUUUGGACUCGGAAGCAAAGAUCAUCCAGCAAGCAGGACAGGUGUGGUUCCCAGAUUCUGCUUUCAAAACAGCUCAGGCUAUUAAGGACCUGAACAGGGAGGGCCUACCUCUCAUAGUGUUUGCCAACUGGAGGGGCUUUUCUGGAGGAAUGAAAGAUAUGUACGACCAGGUGUUGAAGUUCGGGGCCUACAUCGUGGACGGGUUGAGGGAGUACCAGCAGCCGGUGCUGGUUUAUAUCCCCCCACAGGCUGAGCUGAGGGGAGGAUCCUGGGUAGUUAUAGAUCCAACCAUCAACCCUCGUCACAUGGAGAUGUACGCUGACAAGGACAGCCGAGGUGGAGUGUUGGAGCCCGAGGGAACAGUGGAGAUCAAGUUUAGGAGGAAGGACCUAGUGAAGACCAUGAGAAGAGUAGAUCCUGUCUACAUGGGCUUGGCUGAAAAAUUGGGAACCCCAGAGCUGAGUCCUCCCGAUCGUAAAGAGCUGGAGACCAAGCUGAAGGAGCGUGAGGAGUUUCUCCUGCCCAUCUACCACCAGGUUGCUGUGCAGUUCGCUGACCUCCACGACACACCAGGUCGCAUGCAAGAGAAGGGUGUAAUAACGGACAUCCUUGAAUGGCAAACGUCCCGUCAGUUCUUUUACUGGCGUCUGCGGCGCCUGCUGCUGGAGGAGACGGUGAAGAGAAAGAUCCAAGAGGCCAACAGCGAGCUGACAGACGGUCAGGUCCAAGCGAUGCUGCGCCGCUGGUUCGUGGAGGCCGAGGGUGCGGUCAAGGCCUAUCUGUGGGAUAACAAUGAAGAGGUGGUGGGAUGGCUGGAGAGGCAACUAGCUGAAGAAGAGGGCGCGAGGUCCGUCAUCGACGAGAACAUCAAGUACAUCCGCCGAGAUCACAUCCUCAAGCAGAUACGCAGCCUUGUCCAAGCCAAUCCAGAGGUCGCCAUGGAUUCCAUUGUGCACAUGACCCAGCACAUCUCGCCCACGCAGAGAACCGAGGUGGUACGUAUCCUGUCCACCAUGGAGACGUCGGCCUCCUCCUAGUGGGAGCCAGGCCUCUCUCCUUCCCUGCCUGGGUGAAGCACUGCUCAGGCCAAACAUCCACAGCCAAGGAGCCUGGCUCAGCCACACACCUGCCUCCUGGCUGAGACCCCCGGCCGGAAGCUGAGGCUGGAGGGAGCCAAUGUGAGGGCCCUUGGCAGCUGCCAGGUUACUGAUGAAUCAUUGGCUAUGAUUCUCACUAAGAGUUCAGAUGACUGACAUCAAUUAUAGCUUUUUUUGUGUAAAUGGUCUUACAUGUACGCUUGUGUUUAGAUAAAUCCAUGUAUUUCAUAUUCAGGUGCAAUUUGAAAAAUGACAAAAAAAACAAAAAAAAAAAAACUAGUGACUAAUAUGUAAUGAUAUGUUUGGAGUUUACACAGUUGACCCAAAUGGAUGUUUAUGCUUCCAUGAUAAUCAGUGGCCUCCAUUUGAACCGGAGCACGCACAACAUUCACUUUUUAAUGAUGUUGUCAUAUUUAAACGCAUCUUGGUUUGUGACAUAUGCUUGUUAAGAUUUUUGCAAGUGUUUUGAUGACCAACUCGACAAUGACAACACAUUGCUAGGGGGCAUCAGCAAGAAAAUGGGGUUUUUUAAACUCCUAAGUAGGGAGCACUUAGUUACUGAACAAAGACGGGGGGGGGGGGGGGACACUCUUAACAGGCAGGAGAGCCCAGCAGGGAGCAGGGACAAGGUCUCCUUUUAGACCCCGACUGUUUCACAGUUGCCCUGCAGUGAGAAAUGGGCAGCCUGCCUCACAACAAAAACCACAGCUGUCCCUUCUGUUCUCACUCACACAGUACAAACACAACACACACGCUGCUCUAGAUGCACUUUACUGCUCUACUGUUUCCUCAAUAUUACACCCGGAAUCAAACCUGCAUCUAACAUGCAUAAACAUACGCACAGAGUGAUGGUGAUGGUCGUGUAAAUUAAUAAUGGUACUACGCACAGAGUGGAUAACGGCGUGCUUGUUCAGAAAAAUAUCUUUUUUUUUUUCUUUUUUGAUUAUGUUUGCUCUGAAAACCAAUCAUGAAAGUUAAGUGGGUUUUAAUUUGUUUGUUUGUUUUUUAACCAGAGGAAUAUUUUUUGAAUUUAUGACAAUUCAAUGGUUAAAUCAUUAAAUGUCUAUUUGUGAGAGAACACAGGCUACUGUGCACUGGACUUACAUGUUACAUGUCUAAUAUUAAACUGUAAUCCUGCAUUAACUAUUCUAUUUAAAGUUUGUACUUUAUGUAUAUGAAAUGUUACUUAUUUUUAAUAUCCUUUUUUUUUUGAAACAAUGUUUGACUCGCUUGUAACUUCUUCACUUGAGUUUGUUACCAAUAGACGGGGGAAUUCUGGCAACUGUAUCAUGCUUUUUUUUUUUUUUAAAGACUAGAGAACAUAAUCAUGAUGAUAAUAAAAAACAGUAAAUCUUGAAUUCAGUCCUUUAGAUCUAAGGUCAUAUGCUCUGCACAAAAAAAGCAACGUUAGCAAUGUGAACUGGCUUCGUGGUCCAUGCCGUGCCUUUUAUGUGCCUGUAUUUACACGUAGUCCAGUUGCUUUAUAAGUAACUGGCUGUUUCUUACAUACAAGGAUGGAGAAUGAAUUAACAGUGAUGAUCUCUAAAUGUGUCUGCAGAUUUAAUAAAGCUUACCCAACUUA